GCCUGGGACGGGCGCACUUGGCACCACCACGGCGCAGCCGGGGGCUUCCUGCUGCGCGUCCGGCCUCGGCUGUAUGGCGGGGGCGGUGAAUUGCUGGCCCCCGCGUGGCUGCGGGCACUCGGGGCGCUCUUGCUGCUCUCCCUGUCUGCCCUGUUCAGCGGCCUGCGCCUGAGCCUGCUCUCUCUGGACCCAGUGGAGUUACGGGUGCUGCGGAACAGCGGCUCGGCCACCGAGCAGGAGCAGGCGCGCCGCGUGCAGGCCGUGCGCGGCCGAGGAACCCAUCUGGUCUGCACCCUGCUCCUGGGUCAAGCCGGAGCCAACGCGGCCUUGGCCGGCUGGCUAUACGCCUCACUGCCGCCGGGCGUCGGGGGCACCGGGGAAGACUACAGCGAGGCAGGGAUUCACUUCCCAUGGCUGCCGGCGCUCGUGUGCACCGGCGCUGUGUUCCUGGGCGCCGAGAUCUGCCCCUACUCGGUGUGUUCACGGCACGGACUGGCCAUCGCGUCGCACAGCGUGUGCCUGACCCGACUCCUGAUGGCAGCCGCCUUCCCUGUGUGCUACCCGCUGGGCCGCCUGCUGGACUGGGCGCUGCGCCAGGAGAUCAGCACCUUCUACACGCGGGAGAAGCUGCUGGAGACUUUGAGGGCCGCAGACCCCUACAACGACCUGGUGAAGGAGGAGCUCAACAUCAUCCAGGGCGCCCUGGAGCUACGCACUAAAGUGGUGGAGGAGGUGCUGACUCCUCUCGGGGACUGCUUCAUGUUGUGCUCAGACGCAGUGCUGGACUUCGCCACGGUCUCUGAGAUUCUGCGCAGCGGCUACACUCGUAUACCGGUGUACGAGGGCGACCAGCGGCAUAAUAUUGUGGACAUUCUGUUUGUCAAGGAUUUGGCUUUCGUCGAUCCCGACGACUGCACUCCGCUCCUCACCGUCACCCGCUUCUACAACAGGCCCCUGCACUGCGUCUUUAAUGAUACCAGGCUGGACACGGUGCUGGAGGAGUUUAAGAAGGGAAAGUCCCAUCUGGCCAUUGUUCAGCGAGUGAAUAACGAGGGAGAAGGAGACCCCUUCUAUGAGGUGAUGGGCAUUGUCACGCUAGAGGACAUCAUAGAGGAGAUCAUCAAAUCGGAAAUCCUGGAUGAAACUGACCUGUACACUGACAACCGGAAAAAGCAGAGGGUCCCACACCGGGAGAGGAAGCGGCACGACUUCUCCUUGUUCAAGCUUUCGGACUCAGAGAUGAGGGUGAAAAUCUCACCACAGCUCCUGCUGGCCACACACCGCUUUAUGGCCACAGAAGUGGAGCCCUUUAAGUCUCUAUACCUUUCGGAGAAGAUCCUGCUGCGGCUCCUGAAGCAUCCCAACGUGAUCCAGGAGCUGAAGUUCGAUGAGAAGAAUAAGAAAGCCCCGGAACACUACCUCUACCAACGCAACCGCCCUGUGGACUACUUUGUGUUACUUCUACAGGGUAAAGUGGAGGUGGAGGUUGGUAAGGAGGGCCUUCGCUUCGAGAAUGGAGCCUUCACCUACUACGGGGUCCCAGCCAUUAUGACCUCUGCUUGCUCAGAUAACGACGUGCGGAAGGUUGGAAGCCUAGCAGGAUCCUCUGCCUUUCUAAACCGGUCCCCUUCUCGCUGCAGCGGGUUGAAUCGCUGUGAGUCUCCAAACCGCGAGCGCAGCGACUUUGGGGGGAGCAACACCCAGCUGUGCAGCAGCAGCAACAACCUGUACACGCCCGACUACUCGGUCCACAUCCUCAGUGAUGUGCAGUUUGUGAAGAUCACACGGCAGCAGUACCAGAACGCACUUACCGCCUGCCACAUGGACAGCUCACCCCAGUCUCCCGACAUGGAGGCCUUCACUGUCGGAGACGGUACCAAGGCCCUGACUGCCAGGGGCACACCCCAGACCCCCAAGGAUGACCCUGCUGUCACCCUCCUGAAUGACAGGCGCAACCUGCCGUCAUCAGAUAGUGAAUGUUGUAACAUCAAGCUGGACACAGAGACCAGUCCCUGCAGUAGCGACUUUGAGGAAAGUGUGGACAAGAAGCUGCUGAGAACCUUGAGUGGUCGAAAAAGGAAAAAGUCACCAGAUGGGGAGAGAACUUCUGAGGAGAACUCCAAUUUAACGCCAUUGAUCACAUGACAGGGAAAAGACAGUAUUCCCCUGGUGUAUGAGACUCCAGAGCUGUGGAGGAGAACCCACCCUCCCAUCACCUGCUUCACCCUGAGGCCUCCCACAGGUGACAGGGUGUUCACCUUCCUUUCCAUCUCAUCGCCUCUGCUGUCAGUUCGGCACAUUUUCCCUCUUUGCCUCCAUUUUGACUCAGAGCCUUCCUGCGGCCAUAACGGAAGGAGGUACCUCCAGUGGGAUAGGUUAGAAAUGGUCGUGCCCAUUGCACAGUCUGGGACUGGAGAAGAAAUAAAUCCAAGCUAGCAAUGCCCCUCUGGGGCCCCUGAUGCCCUUCUUUAUUCUUCGGGGAUCCCCUGAUACCAUA